AUGACAGCUCAGCUCCCUGCAACACUGAAGUGGGUGGUUCUCCGGAGGACACCUGGGGACUCUGCUAACCUCUCUGCUGACACACAGAUCACAGGCUGCCAGUUUACAGUCUCUGCAGAGGGUAUCCAGAUCGCCGUGUCCUUCUUCUGGGAGACGUUCUUGUUUAAUCUCUCCCUGCCAAGAAUGAGUAAAGUUCUUCAAUUUGUAAAUCUCUCAGGUCAGUUUCAUGUAGCCUCUGUAGAAGAAAAUUUCCCACAAGUCUGUGCUGGCACGACCAGCCUUUGCUUUUACAGCCUGCUUUUACCCAUUACUACUUAUGUGUUCUUCCACCUCACUUGGAUGGCUAUUACAUUCUUUAGGCACAAUUAA